GUGCCGCGCAGCUACUUCCUCGAUGCGAGUUCAUGGGUCUGGAGUCAACCAGUCUCGGGAAGCGUAUAACAGUGACUUUAACUUUGACACUUUCAUGGCGAAGUGAAGUGAAGGGAAGGACGUAUGUACCCGCAGCAGUUUGAACCACUUUCUUUCUUCGCGACUUCGUCAGCAGUCCAGACUCCGUCUAACUGUUCCGAAGUGAGCGAAGCAAAGUUCCCUCAGAGCUGGUAACUCCGUUAGCUAGCUUGAAGUAGAGCCGCGCGCUCUUCUUAAGCAUUCGCUUUAGCCUUUACAAUGGCGGAACCUAACGAAAACGAGAGAACGGACGACGAACUGCUGGGGGCCGCCGGCGGGGCAGAUGUCGUUGAUGAUCUAAUCGUAGAGGAAAGUGCAUUAAUAUUUAGAGGGUAUGUUAUGGAGCGGUUCAGUACAGAGAACCCUGCCAUGCACGUGAGCCCCGAGGAUCUCGGUGGAAGACCUGAUGAAAUGGACGAUCCUCGAAUAAAAGUGGUUGUAGAGCAGCUUCUUAAGAUUGCGGAUGAUCUGAAUCGAAAUGCAGAGUUUCAACAUCUCAUCAGCACUGUGGAGGCUAACUGUGCUCAAGAUGUGUUCAUGACGGUGGCCAGGAGCAUCUUUGCAGACGGCAUUAACUGGGGGCGGAUUGUGGCUCUCUUUCAUCUGGCCUAUCAGCUGAUUUACAGGGCACUGACUCAAAACCACUAUGAAAUCAUCAAGACGAUCAUUAGCUGGGUAUUACAAUUUAUCAGGGAACACAUAUCUGCCUGGAUCAGACAGCAGGGAGGAUGGGGGGCCGUUUUGCGCAGUGUGUCCAGAUGGCGCACUGUGUCUAUCAUUGCUGCCGUGGCAUUCAUUGUUGCUGCCGUGUACUGGAGAAACACUCGCUGACCUCCUCGGACUAAAAGCCUGAAGCUCUUGAAACAGCAGGGGAUCCAGAUUCAGUUAUUUGCACAUUGGGAAAUUGAUAUCAGAAGCAAUAAUACAUCAUUGAAUGAUGCUUGACAAAUAUAUUGACCAAAUACUCAUGUUGUUCGGGUUAUUUAAACCAAGUCAUAAGCCAAGUUCAGCACACACUGAGAGCCAAUGCAAUAGACACUGUAGCCCUUUUUUUCUCUAAUUUCUCUGUGUUUGUGACUUUGAUGCCUUAAGGAAGAACUAUUUAUUAACAGAGUCUCUUUUUAUACUUCCCACUAUGUUUGAGGUUAUUUUUAGAAUCAGGGAUUCCACUCCUUCUCAGAUAUCCGAUCUUAAGUGCCAAUCAGUUGUAGCCCUACGUCCAACUGGUGGAUUGUCCAGGACCGGUUGUUAAUCACAUGAUUUUUAUAUUGAAUUUAAAUGUGCAUCUUAUUGAAUUUUUACAUUUGAGUGUAACUGAAAAGAUAAGUGUAGAUUGCAAAUUUAAAAGCUUUUUUUAAAAGCUAUUUUUAUUUUUAUUUUAUUAAGCUUUUCUUGUCUGUAGAAAGGGUCUCAUCCAGUCUACAUAAAGUCUGAUCUACAGUUCAUCUGAAUAUCUUAGUAAGAUGUUGGUAGGCAUUGUUCAUAAAAGUGAGUUAAGCAACAAAGAAUGUGGGAUUGAUAGAUUUAUCACAGGUUAAAUAACAAAAUGUCUGAAAGCAGUCCUGAUUCCAGUCCCAGCUGUGUGGCUUUAGGUGGAGCUUGGUGUUGGCAUUCAUGAUCUGAUCCCUUAAUUACUCUGAGAACUGACCAAGUUUGGAGAAAAAUUGGCAUUGGUCAUUGAAAAACUGUUAGUGUAGUUUAGUAGUAAAGAUCAGUGUGGAGGUCAAAGGAAAAUUUUAUUGCAUAUGGUGAAAACAUUACUGUAUGUUCACUUUGUAUGUAAUGAAUUGUCCAAAAUGGGGGGGGGAAAUUAAGUUGUGUUUUUUUUUUUUUUUUUUUGUACUUGGUCAUUGUUUACAUCAAAAUAAAUGUGAUCAGGGUUAAUUCUGAGACUGACCAUUCUUACUAAUGACAAAUGUCGUAUUCGGUGUGCUGUUGUAUGGGUUGUUCUACGUUGCAGCUGAUAUGUAAAAAGUGAAAAACCUAGUCUGUUGAGCGUCAGUAAAGUUAGUCUGUCUCAA